CAAAAUUUCUGUUACGCGUCGUCCCGUUGUUCGUCGCGACCUUCUGCUUGCUUUGUGGUGCAUAAGCUUCGCUAGGUCUUGUCCGCAUGUCCGCCGCGUUCGACCGCCAGAUCCGCCCUAUCUAUGAGGCACUUGACACAGGCUCAAACAAGUCAGCUAUCCUGGCUUGCAACAAGCUUCUUAAGAAGCAGCCCAAGAAUGAUCUAGUGAAGGCACUGAAAGCUCUCGCACUGGUCCGCUCGCAGAAGGUAGAAGAGUCUCUGGUCCUCUGCGAUGAGGUGCUAGCAUCCAAGCCUACGGACGAGGCUACUUUGUCGGCAAUGAUGCACGUUCUGCGCGGGCUAGGUCGACACACGGAUAUGGUUGCUAUGUACGAAGGCGCAUACAAGCAGAAUCCUGGGAAUGAAGAGCUGGGCUCUCAGACGUUCAUGGCCAAUGUCAGGAUUGGGAACUGGAAGGCAGCUCAGCAGAUUGCCACCAAGAUGCAUAAGCAGUUCCAAGAGGAUCAUUACCUAUAUUGGAGCGUCAUGAGCGCUGUGCUUCAGGCAAAUGACCCCACCACUCCCGACACUCUCCGUCCAGUCUUGUAUAAACUCGCUCACCGCCUCAUCUCCUCGUCGCCCACGCCUUCCUAUUACAGUGCUGAUCGCUUCUACCUCCAUCUAACCAUUCUCCGCAAGCUCGAACUGUAUGACGAAGCCUAUGACCUUCUGAGCAAUGAAGUGGGCAACACUAUAUGCGCGGCAAGUCUGGCGUGCGACGAGGUGAGGCGUGACAUCUGGCGGUUGAAGGGUCUGCAGAAAGAGGAAGGGACCAGAGCUCAGGUGCGGAUCACAGAAGCAAAAGACCGAAAUUGGCUAGAGUUCUUGGCCGUUGUAGAUGCGACUUUCGCAGCCCUUAUAUCCUCUUCUGAAGCGGAGCGAGAAGCUGCGAAAACAGCGUGCGCAGAACGUCUCACGCAGGCGCGAGACUUCCUGACGCAGAUAGCAGAGGAAGACGGCAAGAAGGACCGGUCAGGCCUUUUGGCUCUCUUGGAGCUUGAAAAGCGCGCACGUGCGCAUGGCGUGUCAAUAGAUCCAUCUGGACUGCAGGAACGACUGGAGAAGUACUUCCACAGAUUCAGCGACAAAGCUGUAUGCUUUGAGGACCUGAGGCCAUACGUCGAAAUAGAGGGAGAUGAGUUAACGUCAUGGUCCUCUUUUCUGGGCUCGCAAACGUCAUCAUUCACGACGUCCAAGGAGCUCGUCCGUUACAUCAACGUGCAAAAGCUGUUACGCUACAACAUCCUUGAGUCGGAAAUCACCGCGGAUUUGGAAGCCGAACGUGCAGCACGAUACCUACGAGCAUAUAUGGAAGCGCUGCCGUACGGCAAGGAGCUUCCGGAUACAGAACUGCAGCCAGCGGACGACCUUGCCAUCCUUGCCGGUCAAGCCUUCGUCAGCGCGUGGAGAACUAGCAAUGACGUGGUGCAACUGCACAGGGCUGCCGCUUUGCUUGAGCACGCUGUGACGCAGAGUAAACACUCGUACCAGCUACGGGUGUUGCUCGUCAGGGUAUACCGUCUUCUUGGCGCAUCGUCACUGGCAUUAGAACAUUAUCGGGCGAUCAACGUAAAACAAGUGCAAAACGACACGCUAUCUCAUCUUAUCCUGACGCGAGCAUCCACGUUCUCCUUGACGGCGAUUGGCGACCUGACCUAUUCGUCCGAAUGUCUCGAGUCGAGCCAGAUCUACUUGAACAACUCACAAGAGACGGCAGAGUUCACUGUGCGGGCUUUCGGGACGGAGAAGUACACACAGGUUCCGGAGUUCAUCAGUUUCGAGGAGCGGCUCGACAACUCUCUCCAGCGGGACCUGACCAAAGUCGAACACGUCAGGAUGCGUGUCGUCCAUGAGCCGAUCAGCUCUGAUCUCGUUGAUAUGGAGCUCAUCGAGUUGAAAUUCAUCUUUGAUCGCUUUUGUGUAGUCCAUCACGACAAUCGAGACUUCAAUGUCAUUCCGAACUACCAACCGCGCUGCACGCAGACCUUCAACGACCAGACAAUGCUGUUUGAGAGCUUACCAGGGCCAGGCUGGCUUUCUGUUUUCCUGAAGAUCUAUAUCAGGACAUUCCAGGCCGCUAGUGAUCUUGAUGAGACCGUCGAGGACAAGCUCCUCAUCGGUGACCGGCCGAAACCCAGCACGGAUCCUGACACCAAGCUGCCCUUGAAGGAGCGGCUAGUCAAGAUCAAGCAGGAGGAAACGGACGAGUUGACCGCGGACGAGCGAGCACUGCUAGAUUACUCAUGUGCCCUCUCUGACUGGCUGGCGCCGUACCACGACCACGUCCGGCCACCAGCGUCCGCUGUUCUUGCUGAGGCGGCAAAGCAGACUGAGCUGAAAACAGGACAUCCUCUGAAAGGCUUGGAACUCCUGCCUCAGAACGGUGACGCGGCCAAUGGCCACUCGAAGAAGGGUGAGGAGCCACCACCUGUGAAGGAAUCUCCGGACAUCAUUGUCAAGUUCUACGAGAACAUGAGCACCCGGUUUAGGGAGGCCUUGCAAGAUGGACGGUUACCUUCUGAGCUGCUUCACAUUGUGGCUUUGACCCAAGAAGCUUUCGUUCUGUUGGCCAUCGAGACCGCGCGGUUCAAGCCUGCGUCCGUUGUCAAGCAGCACAAGCUCGGAGCGUUGGUGCAAAACUUUAAAGACAUCCGCACGAAGGCGGUGACGUCUCUUACUGAGAUGUCGGAAGCACUGAUCAAGCUUGGAGAGGAAGGCGCGACCGUCGAUAGCCGAAAAGCCUUCGUUGAUGCCUGCAAGCCUAUCUGGGAAUCAACCGGGAUCGACCAUGACUUUGUGUCUACCGUGUCGAAGAAGGUGACAGACUCGCAGAAGCAAGUGCUCGAGGGUGUCGGAAAGGGUGUUACUCGGGUCUGCAAAAAUCACGCAUGAUCAUACUGUCAUCCGUAGUUGUUGCAUUAUUUCUGAGUUCCUCGUUGAGCCUUGGAUUAUAUACAAACCACCACUCGAUACUACCUGC